AUGUUCCGGGCAACACUACGACGAUAUGCCGCUCCAGGUUUCUGGACGAGAACAAACCAAGAAUUCCAGCGGCAGGCUAAAUUCACCAUCAACCUUGAAGCACUAACCAUCACAACGAUACCUCAACCAUUGCUCGAUUUCGAGGAACCACAAACAGCAACAUGGAUGAAGAUGAUGACAGAUCAGACUGUAGGGGGCUUUUCGGAAGCCAAGUUGACGCAAAUGCCUGCUGAUGCUGCGAGCGACACUCCUGCUCAUGUACGGUUUCAUGGGAACAUCUCGACGAAGCUUCCUCACGACCGUCCGGAUGUGAUGAAGACUGGAUAUGCCGCGUUCCGAAACCACGAUCGAGGAAGGACGUUGUUUGGCGAGCUAUUUUGGAACAUCGAGCCGUACUCGUACCUCGCACUACGUGUCAAGAGUGAUGGAAGAAGAUACUUUGUCAAUAUCCAAACAGAUUCAAUCGUGGAGUCCGACAUUCAUCAACACAAACUGCUCACGAAACGUCACAAGGGCGCGAACGGGCCGAAUAGCCCUGCUGAAUGGGAGACCGUCCUGAUAAGAUUUCAUGAUUUCGUACGAACAAACCAGGGUUUCAUUACUGAACCUCAAUCUGAAAUGCUACGACAGAAGAUUAAAAGUUUUGGCAUUGGUCUGAUCGACAGAGAGCCAGGUGCGUUUGACCUUUCGGUAUCAGCUAUGUGGGCGACAAAUCUGAACGAAAGAGGUCAGCUGGAUGGAAGAACAGGAUGGCAAGAGGGCGACCAGGGCAGUGCCAGGCUCAGUGAAGUUACCGUCGAAGCGAUGAGACAAAAAGCAGAGGAGCGACGGGCAAUGCCAGAUUGGGACGAGAAAGUCAAGCGCGACACAAUGAGCGAUUACGAUAAGGAGAAGAGGAGGGCAACCUGA